AUGGCUUCCCUCAUCAACGUUCGUCGCGACGUCAAGGACGCUUUCUAUCGCUACAAGAUGGAAAAGAUCGUCACCAAGAUUGAGGGCAAGGGCAACGGUAUCAAGACCGUUGUCGUCAACUUGAGCAGCGUCGCCCAGUCUCUCGCCCGUCCCGGUGCCUAUGUCAUCAAGUACUUCGGCUUCGAGCUCGGUGCCCAGACCAACGUUGACCCCGCCGACGACCGCUGGAUUAUCAACGGUUCCCACAACGCCGCUAAGCUGCAAGACCACCUCGAUGGCUUCAUCAACCGUUUCGUUCUCUGCAAGAAGUGCAAGAACCCCGAGACCGACGUCAACAUCAAAGACGGUCGCAUCCUCCUCGACUGCAAGGCCUGUGGUCAGCGUUCCGAGGUCGACCUCCGUCUGAAGCUUAGCGGUUAUAUCCUGAAGAACCAGCCGAAGAAGGGCAAGAAGGACAAGGCCGAGCGCAAGGCUGCCCGCCGCGCGAAGGCCAACGGUACCAAGGAGAACGGACAGGGAAGCGGAAGCGGCGGAGAAGGAUCCGACAACGGCUCCAACGACGCCGACGACCAGGAUGUUGGUAGUGAUGACGAGUUGGAGAAGAUGAAGAAGGAGGCUCCCGAGAUUGACCAGUUUGAGACCCAGGAGCACGAGUGGGCCGUCGACAUGAGCGAGGAGGCCGUCAAGGCCCGUCAGGCUCAGCUCCCCGGCGAGUUCAAGCAGAAGCUCAACAUGGGCGAUGACGAAGACGAGGAUGGCGAGGCCUCUGGCAGCACCGUCUACGACGAGUUUGGCACCUGGAUCCAGGACGAGGCCACUGCUAAGGGCAGUGUCGACAAGGUCGACUCGAUUGACAUCUUUGUCAAGGCCAAGGAGCUUGGUAUCGAGACCAAGCACCGCUCCGUUUUGGUUCUGGUGCAGACCAUCUUCGACGAGAACAUUCUCGCCCAGAUCCCCAAGCGCGCCGGCAUGAUGAAGCAGUUUGUUACCUCUGAGCGCCACGAGAAGGCUCUCCUCGGUGGUACUGAGCGCCUCAUUGGCCAGCUCGCCAAGGAGCACCCCGACAUCUUUGACAAAGUUGUCAAGAUCCUCCAGUUGUACUACAACCACGAUCUCCUCAGCGAGGAGGUCGCCGUCAAGUGGGGUACCAAGGCCAGCAAGAAGUACACCGACCUGGCCACCUCCAAGAAGGUCCGCAAGGCCGCCGAGCCCUUCAUCAAGUGGCUCGAGGAGGCCUCGGAGGAGGAGUCUAGCGAGGAGGACGAGUAA